CAAGUCCCGAUGAGAUCCUCUAUAAAAUGAGCUCAUAUUGAAGAGUGAUUUCGUUGAUCACAAAGACAUCUACACAUAUAUUAGCUAGGUAUCUUCGAUAAUGAUAAGCAUUCUAUCGUAUCUCUUAUAAUCACCAUAAAUCACCAAACAUUUUUUUUUUUGCGAGUUGAGGAGUUUCAAAUAAGUCAAGAUGCCUUCUGUUAACCUAGAAUACCCCACCCAGCCUUACAGCAAGGUCAAUCGAUAUGGCUCAAGAGCUUCCUACGCCCUGGAGACGAUCCAUCAGAUCGUCAACACAUGCCCCAUUCUCCACGUCUCCUUCACAGUCCCCAACUCCCCCUUCCCCAUGAUCCUCCCCAUGAUAGGGCAAAUGGGCUCAUUCGCCCGCCCCAGCGCCGACACAGGAGACGUGUUAGAGCUAUACCUCCACGGCUACGUGUCCUCGCGCAUCAUGAAUCUCUCCCGCAAAGCCGACGGCGAAGGCGAGGAACACGGCCUCCCCAUCUGCGUCGCGGCCACCCACCUAGACGGCCUCGUGCUCUCGCUCACCCCGAACUCCCACAGCUAUAAUUACCGCUCGGCGGCCCUAUUCGGCUACGCGACGCUCGUUACCGAUGUCGAGGAGAAACUGUACGCCAUGCGCCUCAUCACGGACUCUGUCGUGCGCGAUAGGUACAGACACACGCGUGUCCCGCCCAACGCCGCGGAAAUGCAGAGUACCAGCGUGCUUCGCGUGAGGAUCACAGCUGGGAGCGCAAAGAUCCGCUCGGGCUUGCCGAAGGAUGAUAGGGGUGAUAUGGAGAAUCAGGAGGUCUUGGAUCGGGUGUGGACGGGUGUGUUUCCGGUGCAUUAUACGAUUGGGGAACCUGUCCCUGGGCCGUAUAAUAGGGUGAAGGGGUUGCCUGGGUAUUUGGACGAGUUUAGGACUGGGUUUAAUGAGGAUUCGAGGGAUGGCGCGGUGCAGGCGGCGAUGACGGUGGAGGAGGAGGGCAAGGCGAAGGUUGGUGACGAUUGAUUUCGGUGGGGCCGGAAAGGGGGUGGUUUGUGCCGCUGGUGGGAUAAGGGGAAUGCUACGUAUAUCGGCCGGUUUUCCGGGAUUGCGGGUUUGGUUUUCUGGAUGUUUAUUUUUGGUUUGGUUUCCGGGUAAGAUUGCGUAUCUUAUUAGCGAUACAUUGACAAUGGACGACUCAAUCUGGUAGAUGUCACUGUAACUCAGCCAUGUCGAAGGCAACCGUUUCCUACGUCAAACACACAGCUUC